AGCUGUUAGCUUACAUUAAAUUAACUGUUUUGAGUUUAUUUGAAAUGCGACUGUUUAAAAACGAUUCGUCAUAAUCAUAAUGAAGCUGCAAUAUGUGAUGUUUUUGUGGACAACUGUCAUAAGCUCUUGUUUGGCUGAAGCUCUGUAUGAAAAAAUACCCAACGCAACAAUUGAAAAAAACGAAGGACUUCAUUCGAGUCCUGCUUCUACUAUAAAUGCAACAUUAGAUGGUGUUAGCGGAAGUCCCAUUACAGCUGGUAAUCUUAAUGUCACUGCGCUCACGAACGCACCUACAGCAAACGUAACGAAAAAUGCUACUGCGGUAGUCACGGAGCCGCCUUUGAUCGAUCCGCGUGCAGUGGAACAGGAGCACAACAGUUCUUUGUCACUAUUUUUUGUAAUAUGUGUCAUCAUGCUUGGUAUACUGCUUAUUCAUUCCAUGUUACAAACGGGCUUUCAGUAUCUUCCUGAAAGUAUUGUCGUUGUAUUUCUUGGUGCACUGAUAGGCCUCUUUUUAAACGUAAUGUCUGGUGAAAAUGACAGUUGGAAGCGCGAGGAGGUAUUCUCACCGACAGGCUUCUUUUUGGUAUUGCUACCGCCAAUAAUAUUCGAAUCGGGGUAUAAUUUGCACAAAGGAAACUUCUUUCAAAAUAUAGGCUCCAUACUAGUUUUCGCAAUUUUUGGUACAACCAUAUCUGCAUUGGUGAUCGGCGCUGGAAUUUAUUUGCUGGGACUAGCAGAAGUUGCUUAUCGACUCACCUUUUCGGAGUCGUUUGCUUUUGGUUCACUUAUCUCAGCGGUGGACCCUGUGGCCACCGUCGCAAUCUUUCAUGCUCUCGACGUGGACCCAAUACUGAACAUGUUGGUGUUCGGUGAAAGCAUACUAAACGAUGCCAUUUCUAUUGUUCUUACGGCAUCUAUAACGCAAUCAGCAACUGCAAAUGCUGAGGCUACCACCAGUGAGGCCGUAUUUAGUGCUUUAAAAACCUUUUGCGAAUUCGUCGUUGCCUCAGCUGGUAUUGGGGUUAUAUUCGGCUUGAUCUCGGCGUUAUUACUCAAGCAUAUUGAUCUACGCAAACAUCCUUCCCUGGAGUUCGGAAUGAUGCUUAUGUUUACCUAUGCGCCCUAUGUGUUGGCCGAGGGUGUACACAUGAGUGGAAUUAUGGCUAUUCUAUUUUGUGGUAUAGUUAUGUCGCACUACACCCAUUUUAACUUGUCGACUAUCACUCAAAUAACUAUUCAGCAAACAAUGCGCACGUUGGCCUUCAUAGCCGAAACAUGUGUGUUUGCAUACUUAGGGCUUGCCAUUUUUUCAUUUAAGCAUCAGGUACAUUUGUCAUUUGUCAUUUGGGCAAUUGUGUUAUGUUUGAUUGGAAGAGCUUGCAAUAUUUUUCCGCUGGCAUAUUUGGUGAAUAGGUUUCGCGAACACAAAAUCAAUAAUAGGAUGCAAUUCAUUAUGUGGUUUUCGGGGCUACGCGGCGCCAUUUCCUAUGCGCUCUCACUGCACUUACAUUUGGAUAGCCAGGAAAAGAGACAUGUCAUUAUUACAACUACACUUAUAAUUGUAUUGUUUACUACACUUGUAUUUGGUGGAUCGACUAUGCCCCUGUUAAAGUAUUUAAAGCCGGGAAAGAAACGUCGGAGUCGUGGAAACUUACGCACUGAAUCGGCUGCAGCUCACCCGUCACGUCGCAGCUCUGCUACACGUAAACGGAGCAAAUCUAUUUCCUUAUCAAAGACGCGGGAAUGGGGACAAGCCAUCGAUUCGGAGCACUUGUCGGAGCUAACAGAAGAGGAAGAUGUCUCAUUUUCACAGACACGGGUUGCUGGCUUUGGGCGUUUGGAUCGCAAAUAUCUUAUACCGUUUUUCACAAGACGCUUCAAUAGUCAGGAGCUGCAUGAGUGCAAGUCACAGAUGGCUGAUUUAACAAACAAAUGGUAUCAGGCUAUACGUGUCAGUCCUUUGGAUUCGGAUGAAUCAGACGAGGAGAUUGGUUUGUCGGCCACCACGAGCCAUAGCAAUUUAACGCGCUCGUAGAUGCUUGUGGAACAUCGACCUGUGCAUGUAUUUAAACGUUGUAACGAAUCAUAUGUACAUAUAUACAAAUGGGAAUAUACUUUCAGCAUAGUA